AUGUCAAUACCUAGAAGAAUAACCAAAGAAACACAGAACCUAGCAAAUGAACCACCACCUGGCAUAGUUGCAGCUCCUGUGCCUGAAAAUUACAGACACUUUGACAUUUUAAUAAAUGGCCCUGAAGGAACUCCAUAUGAAGGUGGAACGUACAAAUUAGAAUUAUUUUUACCUGAACAAUACCCAAUGGAGCCGCCAAAAGUGCGGUUCUUGACAAAAAUAUACCACCCAAAUAUAGAUAAAUUAGGUCGAAUAUGUCUAGACAUAUUAAAAGAUAAGUGGAGCCCAGCACUGCAGAUUCGAACAGUGUUGUUGAGCAUUCAGGCACUAUUGUCAUCUCCUGAACCUGAUGAUCCGUUAGACUCAAAGGUAGCUGAUCAUUUUAAACAAGACAAGAAUGACGCAGAAAACGUUGCGAGGGAAUGGAACAAAAUGUAUGCAAAUCACACUUCUUUAUAG